AAAUGAAUGAAAAUAAAGAAAUGAUUCAACAUGAUUAUUAGACUCAACUCAAGGAUUUCUAUGAGUAAACCCAAGAGAUUGUUAGUUCAAUUCAACAAGGUAUUAGAAUCAAGAAAGUAAAAACACUUCAUUAAAUACAAAAAGGAUAUACCUAUUCAAAUAAAUGAUUUAAUGGGACAAUUGAAACCAUUAUUAGAUUCCAUUGCCAAGAAUGCUGAAAUUCAAAAAUAUAAUUGGCUCCAUUUAAGAUCACUUAUCAUCAUCACAACCAGAGAUAUGUUAAUUAAUAUGCAGAAUCUUUUUCCAUAUGAAAAAACUGCUCAAAAUGAAGGCUUCGAAGAUGAAUUAGAUAUUGUCCUCUAAUUUCUUUGUGUUUUUGAAUAAAAGUAAUCAUUCUCUCUAAAAAUAUCAGACCACCUUUCACUUUGCAACGAAUUUGUGAAUUGCUUAUUGAUCCUUAAAAACAUUACAAGUCAUCUAAAAAAAUAUUAUUCGCCAUGGAAAAAUUAGUAAAUGUAAGUACAUGA